CCUAAUUCCGCGCUAGUACUGCCGGUGUUUCAAGGGCUGGGGACCGCUUUGAACCCCGGAACCCAGCUCCUCUCCAGGUCGCCGCUGACCGGGGGUCAUCUUACGCGACCCUACGAUGUCAGUGGCGCCCAGGAUUGAAAACGUGGCUUUUAAUAGGGAAUCAAUCAUUUUCCCCAUUUUUGAUUAUACUAAAAGCUAAUCCUUAAUAAGCGCCUAAGUUUUUAAUGAGCGCCUACUAGGUUUUGUUUUUUUUUUAUUGGGUACCACGCAACGACCGCCAUGGGUUGUUGCAAAGAUUGGUGGAAAGUGCUCAGAAGAGAGUCUGGUACAAUAAGCGCUGAGUAAAUACCGGCUACUUUCAUUUUUUACAUACGUGGGAACUGGGGCUCAGGAAGGCCAACAGCUAAUACACGGCACAGCAGGGAUUUGAACCCAGGACUGCCUGCCUCUAAUGGCAUGCCUUUGCCUCUGUGACAUUCACAAAGUUUUAGUGAAUUGUAGCCCCACCCAUUGCUCAGAUGGGUACACUGAGUUCUAGCAGAGGAAGGGGCUCCUCCUGCCGUAAACACUAACCUCCAAGAUGUUCUGCUCAUUUCCCUGGAUUCCAACCCUGCCUCCCUUCUCAUUCAUUCAUCCAUUCAGAGUCCCGCACCCAAGAGGCUCGGUUUGGGGUCAUACCAAUACCAGUUAGACCCGAGUGCGUGACAAAUGAACAUGGCACCUGCCUGGAAUAGAUUUAAGAGUCCGGGCAUCCACCUCGUCAAGGAGCUCACCACUCACUUCUCCAGUCUCAUUUAGCGAGCUCACUGGAACAGCAGGAGCUCUGGAGCCACACUGCCUGCAUUCAGAUCCCGGCUCCACCCCUUAAACAGCUGUGUGAACCGACUAAGGGACCCGCCAUCUAGAGUCCUUAGCGAACGUCCCGGGCCGGACCCGUAGUAAGCUCAGUAACUGUGACUCUUAUAAUUAAUCCCCGUUUUUUUUUAACCGUCCUAGGGAGUGGACGUUGUCGUGACCCCCAUUUACACAUGAAUAAAAUGAGGUUCAGCUAAGUAGAGACUCUGCCCAAGGUCAGGCAGCUAGGAAGUGUGACAUCCGAAUUAGAAACCAGCCCCUUUGGCUCCCCAAGCCAGUCAGUCCAGGGAGAGGGGCGGAGAGAUGGCACCGCCCCCUCAGCCCAGGGAAAACGUACAAUCAGGAAAACCUGAGCCCGGGAGAGGGGCUUCGGUGCGCGGGAGAAUUUGCAGACGCUCCCUGCGUGCUGGAACUGCACGACUAGCCCUUCAGCCGGGGACCUUUGGCCGGUCCUGCCGCGGCCGACAGGGGCGCUAGUGGGGGUCGAGGUGUCAGAGGCAGUUGCAGUGGCCGGGACCGCCGCGGGAACGCCAUGCCUGAGCCGCGGGCCGCUGAGCGUGACCUCUACCGAGACACGUGGGUGCGGUACCUGGGUUAUGCAAACGAGGUUGGGGAGGCCUUCCGCUCUCUGGUGCCGGCAGCUGUGGUGUGGCUGAGCUACGGUGUGUCCAGCUCCUAUGUGCUGGCUGAUGCCAUCGACAAGGGCAAGAAGGCAGGAGAUGUGUCAAGCCCUGAAGCUGGCCGCAGGACUAGGGUGACUGUGGCUGUGGUGGACACCUUUGUGUGGCAGGCUCUGGCCUCUGUGGCCAUCCCAGGCUUCACUGUCAACCGCGUGUGUGCAGCCUCCCUCUACGUCCUGGGCACCGCCACCCGCUGGCCUCUGGCUGUCCGCAAGUGGACCACCACUGCAGUGGGGCUGCUGAUUAUCCCUGUCAUUGUCCACCCCAUUGACAGGUCUGUGGACUUCCUCCUGGACUCCAGCCUGCGCAAGCUGUACCCAUCAGUGGAGAAGCCCAGCUCUUCCUGACCCCACCCUGGUACCUGGCCUGUGCGUUGGCCCACUCUUUGCUCCAUGCCAACUUCUUCCUCCUGCCCAGGGAUGUGGGUGCCUGGCUCCUUGGGGUCUUAGGUCCU